GAAAUCUGACACAGAAUACGACGCUGGAGGAAGAAAGCCAACAUGGAGGAGAUCGGGGUGAUAGUCGAAAAAGCCCAGGACGAGGUGCCUGCCAUGCUCAGCUCCCGGCCCCAGACCGGCCUGUCUUUUCUGGCACCGGAACCCGAAGAUCUGGAGGACCUUUACAGCAGAUAUAAGAAGCUACAGCAGGAGCUGGAGUUUCUGGAGGUGCAGGAGGAGUACAUCAAAGAUGAGCAGAAGAACCUGAAGAAGGAGUUCCUCCAUGCGCAGGAGGAGGUGAAGAGGAUACAGAGCAUCCCGCUGGUCAUCGGCCAGUUCCUAGAGGCAGUGGAUCAGAACACAGCCAUCGUGGGCUCCACUACAGGCUCCAACUACUACGUGCGAAUCCUCAGCACCAUCGACAGGGAGCUGCUGAAGCCCAACGCCUCGGUGGCGCUGCACAAGCACAGCAACGCGCUGGUGGACGUCCUGCCGCCCGAGGCCGACAGCAGCAUCAUGAUGCUGACCUCAGACCAGAAGCCAGACGUGAUGUACGCUGACAUUGGCGGGAUGGACAUCCAGAAGCAGGAAGUGAGAGAGGCGGUGGAGCUCCCUCUCACACACUUUGAACUCUACAAACAGAUCGGAAUUGACCCCCCCAGGGGGGUGUUAAUGUACGGUCCACCUGGCUGUGGGAAGACCAUGCUGGCUAAGGCGGUGGCACACCAUACUACAGCGGCGUUCAUUCGUGUGGUGGGCUCCGAGUUCGUGCAGAAGUACCUGGGGGAGGGGCCGCGAAUGGUGCGGGACGUCUUCCGGCUGGCCAAGGAGAAUGCCCCCGCCAUCAUCUUCAUCGACGAAAUCGACGCCAUCGCUACCAAGCGCUUCGACGCGCAGACUGGGGCUGACAGAGAGGUGCAGAGGAUUCUGCUGGAGCUGCUGAACCAGAUGGACGGCUUUGAUCAGAACGUCAAUGUUAAGGUGAUCAUGGCCACCAACCGCGCGGACACCCUGGACCCGGCUCUGCUGCGACCCGGGCGACUGGACCGUAAGAUCGAGUUCCCCCUGCCCGACCGGCGCCAGAAACGCCUGGUCUUCUCCACCAUCACCAGCAAAAUGAACCUCUCUGAGGAGGUGGACCUGGAGGACUAUGUGGCCAGACCAGACAAGAUAUCUGGAGCUGACAUCAACUCCAUCUGCCAGGAGGCUGGCAUGCUGGCUGUGCGGGAGAAUCGCUACAUUGUCCUGGCCAAGGACUUCGAGAAGGCCUACAAGACUGUGAUCAAGAAGGACGAACAAGAGCAUGAGUUCUACAAGUAGCUGUGCGGAGGUGGGAGGCCUAUCUGUGGCUCCGCGCAGGGGAGGGGGCGGAGGAGGUGGGAGGCCUAUCUGUGGCUCCGUGCAGGGGAGGGGGCGGAGUUAUUACUGUGAGUCUGUGGUCGCUCCUGUGUCGACUGCAGCUACAGCUGUGUGUGUGUGUGUAACCUGUUAACAAAACAAACAUUAAUCUUAAACAUUAAAGAUGUUUUCCAUAAAAUGACA